AGAUUUUUGGGAUACCCUUUUCACAAUAAGUACUCGGGAGGUACAUAUUAUCUUUACAAUAAAAGCAUUCAUACUUUUAACCUUCUAAGGUAAAUCCUUAGAAGCUUUUCCUCUUUUGUCUGAAUCCAGGAGUUCGCCGCCCAAAAAGACUAUACUCAAAUAAACCGAAGCGGGAGGGCAUAUCAUGGAAGCAUGUGGAAGUGGAUGCAUCAUCAUCAAGCGAUGAACCGCUUGCCUAGAGCGAAGUGAACCCAUUCCCUUGGAACCAAGCGGAUGUUGACCGAUGACGGGGUUCAAAAAAGCGUGGUCGCUAAUUAAGACAAGGUCAAGUUGGGAUUGGCUUGGAUGAGACUAUACAGGUAUUCGGCCUAGCUGAUAUAUAGUCUGAGACGCCGGUUCGCCAACCCCUGGCUUCAUUAUAGCGUUUUCAUGCGUCCCCGGAUCUUCAGCUUCAGUUCGUGAUAUUCUUUAAUAGAUGUUGGUCAUGGCUUUUUUUUUUCGUGGCCUUUUCUUCUCUCCUUUCUACUACACACGCUCCUUUUGUGGUGUUGUAAGAGACUUCUGGCUCCCGUUCCCGGUUGAGAUUUGAAGCUUGGCAUUUCCGGCUCACGUUCGUUAUUAAAAAUACAGUCACUACCGAAUCUACACUCACUAUCGGAAAUGCGCGCCUCUACUUCCAUUGCUGCGAUAGCUCUUCUGUGCCGUGGGGCACUAGCUCAAUGUGCUGGCAGCCUUUCCGUUCUCGCCGGCCAAGAUUUUGCAGAUCCAUGUGCGUCCAAGGUAUCCAGCGACGCUUCGGCUCUCUGCAGCACCUUUCUAGGCACAAGCACGGCAUUUGUAGCUGCUGGUACACCAAGCGGAUCAGUCGCCACGAGUACUGUUACCAGAGUUGUAUUUGCGCCUACGACUACUACUAAGACUGAAGUCAUUGCCUUCACUACAACCACUACCGUCACAGCAGCUGCGUCGCCUGGACCCGUUGGCCGUCGCGGAUUGGAAAUCAAUGUUCUCUAUCCUGAUUCCGGAUCGUCCUCGAGCAGCACCGCGGUCACUUGCCCUACUUUAACGAGUCUACCCACGGACAGCGCCUCGAGUUCGGCUGUCAGCUCUGCGUGCAGUUGCCUCGGCGCGAGCCCCGAGGUUACAACUGUAUCGGUUUCCUCCGCUACUGUAGCCGCCGCCAACGCGAGGACUGUUACGACUACCGUUACGGUUACCUCGGCCAUUAUCACUUAUACCAAGAGCACGACCACGACUUCAGUAGUAACUGCAACUCAAACAGCCUCCUACGACCGCUGCAGCAUCGGCUACACUUCCGGUGGUAACGGCCAAGGGAACCACGCCGAAAGCGUCCAGGCCACUUCUUCCCAAGACUGCUGCCAACAGUGCCAGCAGAAGCAGAAUUGCGUAGCGUCAGUUUACACGAGCACAACAUGCCAGCACUUGAUCAAGAGCUCGCAAUUAUCAGGAGCAAAGACAUCGGAUCAGUGCCCUCUUGGUAUCGAGGACUACCCCUUUGGACCGGUCGGUGGAAUGGUGUACCCGGGACCCUGCGGUUACUAAAAGCUCUAUGCGAUGAUGAGAUGUUCGCCCAUCAGAUCAAAUUAGUCUAAUACAUUAAUGAUAAACACUUUCUCUUUAUCUUCGUAGUAAACCAUAGUUCCUCAGCACCCAACCGGGGGAACUCGCUUCUAUCCGAGCCAAGACGACACUUAAUCGCCACUGAUACGAGUCCUAUCAAGCAGCAAAAAUUUAAGUCCUCACGAGGGACUUUGAGCACUGCGCACAGACUCUAAGAGUUAUUAGUCUAUACGGAAGAUCCGGGCUCUAGCUUAGUUUCCCUG